CGCGGGACCCAUGACCUGUCUUAAAAGUUCGCGGAUGUCCCGGUGCUGAUUCAACCGGACCCCACUCAGCAGUUCACCGUGGAGGUGGAUGCCUCUGAUUCUGGGGUGGGAGCGGUUUUGUCCCAAGUUUCACCCUCCGAUCACAAGCUGCACUCUUGUGCCUUUUUCUCUCGCCGCCUGUCGCCCGCGGAGAGAAAUUAUGAUGUGGGUGACCGCGAGCUGCUGGCGGUGAAGCUGGCCUUAGCGGAGUGGCGCCACUGGCUGGCGGGAGCUGCCCUUCCAGUCGUAGUAUGGACAGACCACAAGAACCUGUCCUACCUGCAGGCAGCCAAGCGGCUGAACCCACGGCAUUCCAGGUGGUCCCUUUUCUUCUCCCGGUUUAACUUCCUCAUCUCUUACAGACCUGGAUCGAAGAACGUGAAACCGGACGCCCUCUCCCGACAGUAAUCCUCGGACAACGAACCUGCACGUAGGCAAGGAAACUAAAAUCUAACAUGACAAGCUUAUGCUAUAAAAAGGUAGAGAUAUCUACAAUUCUUUGACUUUUGAAACCUUUGGACCGGCUCCACACAACAUAUUACCUAACUGAACUAGAGUUCAAGGAGUAAGUUGUUUAUGAUUGUUUUCAUUCACUCUGCUUUCAUUUUGUGAGCAAAGACACAGCAGAAGGACUGAACUAACUUGUUUCUGGAAACAAAAUGAAUAAAACUCACUGUCCUCGACCGGAUAAGAAACUUUUCGAACAUACAGUCCUGCCUACUCUUUACAUCUUGGUAUUUGCUGUUGGACUGGUCCUGAAUGUAUGGGGAAUGAAGUCUUUGCUGCAUAACUGGAAGAAACUUCGUCGUAUAAACAUUCUUGUUCUUAACCUUGGACUAGCAGACAUUUUAUAUCUGCUGACACUCCCCUUUCUCGUCGUGUACUACCUUGAAGGAAGCAAAUGGAUCUUUGGAGAAGGAUUCUGCAAGGCAACAAGAUUCUCUUUCAACUUGAAUUUAUACGGGAGCAUCGGAUUCCUCACCUGUAUAAGUGUGUACCGGUACCUGGCUAUUGUACAUCCAAUGAGAAUGAUGGGGAGAUUAACUACGACUCACUCUGUGGUCAUCUCAGCCGUGGUUUGGAUUCUGGUGAGUGUUCAAAGUCUUCCAGACAUGUUCUACCAAAAAACAUAUCCAAACAUAUCAAAAUGCUUUGACACCACCUCUAAUGAACAUAUUGAGAGUUACCUGGAUUACAGCCUCACCUGGACCUUCUUUGGAUUCUGCAUCCCUUUUGUCACCAUUGUAGGUUGCUAUGGACAUGUGACUGUUGUUAUCUGCCGUUCAAAUAUGAUGAGAAAAGACCAGAAACGACAAAUCUUAAAACUGAUGGCUCUACUGAUUCUUCUGUUCUCGCUUUGUUAUGCGCCAUACCAUAUUUUCAAGAACCUCAGUCUGUAUUCCAGAACCCUGAGUAAUGAGAAUCAAUGCCCUAAGUGGGACUCUGGAGUCUUUAUUGCCCGUCAGACAAGUCGAGGUCUCGUGUGCCUGAACAGUGCUCUCAACCCGCUGGUUUACCUCCAAGUAAACGAGGAUAUGGGUGUUCAGUUCACACAGCUGCUGCAAAGAUGUUCACAGAGUUUCAGUUGUUUGUUGGAGUCCAAAUCCAGGUCUGUACCGGUACCACAGACUGAACAAGAAGCUGACAGUCCUCUAUGACAGCAGGUGUAGUUUUUCUUUGUUAAUCAUGUCAUGAGGUGAAUUUUUUGACGCUCUGUUUGGUUUGUAUUGUUCCAACUGGUUGAUUCUAGAUUCUAAUUAACAAGUAAUGAAGGUAAACAUUUUAACUGUUGCUGUUGGAGUUAGGCCUGUCACCAUGACAAAUUUUGCUGGGCGAUAAAUUUUCCCAGAAGUUGUUCCGAUAAACAAUGACAUUGUUGUUUUGAGACAUUUUUCAAGUAAUAUAAUGGUAAUGGCAUAAUAGUGCAAGAACACAUCCUCAAAGAUCAAUAAACUUUAAUUCUAAUGAACAUUUAACACUGGAACUGGAAGACAUUUUAAAACUAUUAACCAAAGCAACAAAUAUAUUGAAUUAUGAAGUUUCUGUAAACAAAAUUGUCCUUCAAAUUAAAGGGCUAGUUGAGACCAAAGCAACACAUUGAAGAGUUGUCAUCCAGUUUUGGUAUAAAAAGUGCGAGAAAAAAGAAAAACUGUAAAUCAAGCAAAUAAAAAUGAUCAAACGUAGCCGUGCGAUGUUAUUACACUAGAUUGUCAAGUUAGAAGCUAAAUAAUAUGAGCACGGGCAGCUUUUAUUUUGAAAAGUCGACAGGCGGUGUGGAACACUGUGAUGAAAAAGCCUGUUUUUGAAUUAUUAUUUUCUGCUAUUUGAAUGCAGGUGUGUGAUGUUUCAUUACUUUUGGUGUGGGAUUAUUUCAUUUAUUAUUUUUUUGUCUUAUUCAUGUACUGUUUAAGAUCAUUAUGCUCAUGCUUGGGGUUAGUUACUCAUUAUUGUUGCAAUUAUUUUUAUUUUGUAAGGUAAAUGUGUUAUUUUACACAAGUCGCACGUUCUCUUUCUGUUCGGAUUCCGUGGGAGAAAGUGCUGUGGAACACUGUGAUGAAAAAACCUGUUUUUGAAUGACUAUUUUCUGCUAUUUGAAUGCAGGAGCAUUAAAAGUGCUUUCAGAUCA